AUGAGUACACCCGCUGCUAAAAAGUAUCGGUUCACGCGUCACGACUUCCAGCCGCUGGCCACCAAGCCGCUGCACUUCGACAUGCUGUUUGAUGUCACGGAGACUAAGGUCAAAGUGACGCUACAAACAACGCUCAAACACAACGGCGAGCAGGCGCUAUCGGAGCUUAAGCUGAACUCCAAGGAGCUGGAGAUCUUAUCAGUGGAACGUUUCGACAAGUUCGCGCCGUUGGGCGCGGAGAAGGACUUCGUGUCUCAUGCCCAGAGCUUUGCGGAGCCUCGCGCGCUGCAGUUCGAGGUGGAUAAGGACGACCACUUUUUGGUUGUUAAGUUCGAUAAGCCCGUGCAGUCCGGGGAGGAGUUCGUUAUCCGCACAGUGUCGGUAGCCACUCCAACGGAGAACAUCCUGGAGGGUUUGUACUUUGAUUACACGCCUGCGGGCGCCCCCAAGACCAUCAUCACCCAGUGCCAGCAGCACGGAUUUCAGCGCAUCGUGCCGUGUAUCGACACGAUGGAUGCUAAGGCAUACUACACCACCACCAUCGUGGCAGACAAGCGCUACACUAACAUCAUCACGAACGGAGACUUGGCUCCUGGAUACCACACAGAGACUGGUGUACCUGUGUUCCACCCCACAUCGGAAGUUUUGGGCGUGGAUGACUCCUCGCGUCAUGUGCUUAAGUACUACAACCACAAGGUGAACAUGGCGCCGUAUCUCUUCUUCCUUGGUGUCGGCACGUACGAGACGUUCCGACGCACGCUCGAGUUCCCCGAUGGUGACUCGACACUACUGGAGAUCUUGGCGUUCCCGGGCUACUUUGAACCGGCUGAUGCCAAGGCUGCUGUCAAGAUGCUACACGACUCUGUGUUGUGGGUCAUGGUGAGUCUGGGCCCGGAAGCCUGCGAGCAUCACGACGAGCGCAAGCGUAUCUAUGAGUUGCUGGACGAACGCGAGGCGCUUAAGGCCAAGGAAGGUCCGUUAUGUCUUGGACCGAACGAGGAACACACUAAAACCCCUCUGAACGCCUCGGAUGCUGCACGCUUGGUUGCUGUUCGCGCGGAACUGAAGGAUCUGCUGGAGGUGUGGAAGAAGACUGGCUACAAGUACACUGGUGCCGUGUACCGCGAGAUUGCGAUGGAGAACUCGUACUAUGGCGGUAUGGAAAACGUCGGUAACACCACUAUCGUCAGCUCUUGCCUGUGUCCGAGCUGCCGUAUGGACGACAAGUCGUACGAGUACAUGGAACACGUGAAGGUCCACGAGUACUACCACAACAUCAACGGCAGCCAGGUGACUGGCCAGUCUCCAUUUGAGAUCUGGCUGAACGAAGCUGUCACGGUGCACAUGGAGCGCAAGCGUGCUGCGGCCAUUUUCGGCGAGGACUAUAGUCGUCUGAGCGAGGUGCUGUACAUGUUCACCCCGGCUAUUGGACCGCUUGCGCAGGACAAGUCUGCGACGUCUCUGUCGGUCGAACCGCAGGGUUUCAACCAGACGCAGGAGCUUGUUUCUGUCGUAACCUACUCCAAGGCUCCUGAGUUCGUCCGUAUGGUGCAGCUGCUACUAGGCGACGCCACCUUCCACAAGGCUCUUGACAUGUACCACACCAAGUAUGCAUUCGGCAACGCCACGAGUAUGGAGUGGAUCAAGUGCAUGGAAGAAUGUUCCGGUCUGAACCUGCAGAACUUGGCCAAGACGUGGCUAAACCGCCCUGGUCACCCAGAGGUAACCUACUCUACAGAAUUCAACGCUGCUUCGAACGAGUACAUCGUGGAGAUUUCGCAGACGGGCUUCGAGGACAAGCCUGUCGAGAACAACGGACCGUGGGAGAUUCCGAUUGACUGGUCUCUUGUUAAGGACGGCAAGUCGCUGAAGAGCGGUGUGUUCCUCAUGAAGUCGAAGGAUGCCAAGCUUGUUAUCCCUGAUGUCGUGGAGGAGCCAGACUUUCUGUCUUUUGCUCGCGGUUGGUCAUUCUUCGGCAAGUCCAAGCAGACGAACCCGUCGGUCGCUCGGCUCACGAAGCAAGCGCUGUCUGAUCCAGAUGCUGUUAACAAGUCUCAGGCCUACCGCAGCGUGGCAGAUGUUGAGAAAGCCAAGGUGAUCGAAGGACUGCUCAAGGGCGACAAGAACGUGGAGAUCUCGUCUGAAUUCGUGGAACUACAUGGCUCGAUUUUGUUCUCGAAUGAGCUCGCCCCUUCCGCGCGUGCGCUGACGUUGGUAGAGGCCAAGACAAUCCCGAGCCGCGAUGACCUGAGCCACCACUACGCCGCAAUUAAGGAGGCAACUACGGCAUUGUUGCAGGCAGUGUGGGCCAAGUACUCGACCAAGAUCGAGGCUGCAUACAACAAGCUGUGCGAGACUGCACACCCUGGCCCGCACGUAGAACAGUUCCAAGAGCGUGCUCUCAAGCGUCACCUGCUGCUGCUGAUUGUGGCAGGCGGCAAGAAUCCAGUGCUCAACACGACCCCGAAGGUCACGCCAACCGUGGAGUCGUACAAACUGGCGCUAGACCUGCUGAAGAAGUCGACUUUUGUGACCGACCAGGCUACUGGUUUGCGUCUUGUCUUGGAAGACGAAAGCUUUGCGGACCGCUCGAAGGUGCAGGAGGAGAUUUUCGAGGAGUGGCGCAAGACGCCGGACAUGCUGACGAAGUACAUCAGUAUCGUAAGCAGCUUGGAUUCCAAGGACGUUGGGGGCCAGAUUCUGAAGCUGCUGGCGAAUCCGAGCUUCAAUCCUGCUCAGUCCAGUCAUGGCCGUACACUGUCGCGGUGCCUGUCACAGAUUCGCGAUUUCUCUCUGGCCACGGACGAGGGUCUCGACGUGAUGGAGCAAGCGUUUGUGAAGAUCGGUAAAGUCAACCAAAUGUCUGCGUACCCGUUGCUACAGUGCUUCGAUCACCUGGACCGCUUUGACGACGCCACAAAGGCGAAGAUGUUUGCAACGCUGCAGCGUAUGCAGGACUCGAUCGAUAAGAAGAAGGAGGAGUCGCUCUACAACCAGCUCAGUAUUAUCCUGGAGAAGAAGAUGUAA